CUUUUUGUGUAUGGGCGACCACCCGUCACGCCGCGACUGAAAAUUCACAUUCAUUACCUUUAACCUAAAGCUACCACGUGACAUGCAAGCCAGUGACGAUGACCUCUCUUGCUAGCUAGCUAGCUGUGGCUAACCAGGUGAAGCAGCAUUUUACACGAUGGACCAGAGUAAACAAGAGGAGGAGUAUGGAUACGACUUAUUCCCGAAGAGAAAAACGGACAGCAAGCCGAGCGCAAUCGCACAGAGCCUGUUCACUUUCAACCACAAGUGUCAGGUCAUGUUACAGUUAGCAUUGGACACUAGUCCUUAUGCGCAGCUCCUCCUCAGUGCCAUGAAGAAUUCAGGAUGCAAGCUGUUCAAAGACCGCCACUUCUCCUGUGAAGACUGUGACGGGACGGUCAGCGGCGGCUUCGACUCAGCCUCCUCUCAAAUCGUUUUGUGUCAGAACAACAUCCACCAGCAGGCCCACAUGAACCGAGUGGUCACGCAUGAGCUCAUCCACGCCUUCGACCACUGCCGGGCCAACGUGGACUGGUUCAACAACUAUAGGCAUUUGGCUUGUUCUGAGAUCCGGGCAGCUAACCUCAGUGGAGACUGCACCUUUACAAAUGAAUUAACCAGAUUCAACUUUGGCCUAAAGCAGCAUCACCAGGAGUGCGUUCGUGGCCGUGCCUUGCGCUCCAUCCUGGCCGUGAGGAAGAUCAGCCGGGCGAAGGCGGAGGAGAUUGUCGACGACGUCUUCGACUCGUGUUUCAACGACCACGCUCCGUUCGGGCGAAUCCCGCACAGCAAGAAGGACGCCAAGUUCGCCUACAGAGAUUACAUGAACAGAGAUCGAUACUACGCGAACCUUUAGUGGCGCGUUUUCGUCAAACUCCCGAGGGUGCUCCGGAGGGCGGCGAUGCCGGCGAGAUGCGUGACCUCAGGGGCCUUGGUCAGCGUAGCAGCCUGAACGGGAAGACUGUGUUGAUGUGAUCGCGUCCAUUCAAAAUGGAUUGUCAGAGAAUGAUUUGUCCUUGAAUCGGGAGACAAAGAAGGGAGCUGCAGAACAUUUCAUUUUCCACCUCUUCGGACACUAAUUAUAUGUAAAGCAAAUGUAAGGACUGAUUUUGCUCUUGAAGUGAAAUAUUAGAUGAGGCACUAGUUGUUUUUCUUGUGUUUUUAGGUUAAUCAGUGGGUGCUGUUAAGGAAGCACAAGACUUCCUUUCUGUCCAUCAGUGUUUGCUGUGAAAGUCCUGUAACGGCAAGUGAGGACGUGCUGUAUUUCUUUCAGAUGCUCUCCAUCUUGUUGCCAUCAUGACCUCCACAAAUUUCCUGUAAAUAAAUCUGAUUGUGCUUAAAUGCAACAGAAUGAAAUUGUAUUUGAAUUAAAGUUUAAUUCCUCAGAGAGGGAAAAAAGAAAAACAAGUUUGA